GAAAAAGGGGACAUUCAGAUGGAAAGGAUGAAGUAUGAUACAGCCACUUAAACUCUAUUCAGUCCAUGAGAGGAAUUGGCUGGGUGGCGCUGCCAUAUUGCAGAGUCUGCAUGCUGUGAUGCUACUCAGGACUGGCAUGAUUCGUUAGCACGGCUGCUGGCUGACCAUGUUUAGGCGACAAGAGGAGCUGGACCGGACCCUGUUUGUGGGGAAUUUAGACUGCAGUGUCAAUGAGGAGAUUCUGUAUGAACUCUUCCUGCAGGCUGGGCCUCUUACCAAAGUGACUAUUGCAAAAGACAAAGAAGGGAAUUCAAAGGCGUUUGGCUUUGUCUGCUUCAAGCACUCAGAAUCUGUGCCUUAUGCCAAGGCCUUACUGAAUGGCAUCCGACUAUAUGGACGGCCAAUUAAAGUUCACUAUCAGUUUGGAAGUUCUUUCUCUGCUGAAGAGAAUAACACACUUCAAAGUUCAGAUAAUGGUUUCAUCCCAAAUCCUCAAGACUACGGAAUGAAUGCACCAGAGGACAGAUCUGCUGCCUUUUCGCCCAUGAACUUUGUGGAUUUUCAGCAGGCCUUUAUGUUCUUCCAGGGGAUGAUAAACCAAUGUUUAAACUAUGGAUGGAUGGGCCAGCAACCUUCCUGUUCGACACCAGCCAUUCCAUGGAAUAACAACACCCCCUUUCCAUGGCCGACUGAAUCAGAAGGCACCUGUGCUCCUGGGCCAAGCUCUGUUAACUGGAACAUAGACAACUAUAGCACUUACCAAAACUGUGAACACCCAAAUAAAAAGAGAAAGAAACAAACACAUGAUUCUACCAGUAACAGCUCAGACACCGCUGUAGGGAUUCAUGAACAGAGCCAAAAGGCAAGAAAGCGUAAAAAAAAAAGAAGAAAGACUUAGGUGUGUGUUAGAUGAAGCAAAAACGCACGUAUAACUGAUAUGAAUGUUCCAGCAUCAAGUGAGAGGAUGGAAUUGUAUUCAGUGCUCAUCUGUACAAUAAAGCAAAGCUGGAAUCUGA